AUGGAAGUCAUAGCAGUUGACUUGCUCCAACUAAAUGGAAACUACGGCCUUGUAACAGUUGAUUACUAUUCAUCAUUCAUCACAUAUGACGCAUUACCAUCAGCCUCUACUGGUAGUGUCAUAACAGCUCUUAAUGGAACAUUCCAGAAAAUGGGAGCAACAGUAGAAAGAAUACUCUCUGAUAAUGGACCCUGUUUCAAAUCAGAAGAAUUCAAUAAAUUCUGCAAGGAACUGGAUAUCAACCAUGACACCUCAAGCCCUUACCACCACCAAGACAAUGGUAAAGCUGAAAGAGCCAUCCAGUCAGUUAAGAAAAUCUUAAAGAAAACAAAAUCAAGUGUCCAAAUCGCUCUAGCUCUUCUAGCAUACCAUGAUACCCCAAUUAGUGACAAUCUCCCAAGCCCAUCAGAACUUCAUUUUGGCAGGAGAAGUUCUAGAAUCUCACCUGCUCAGCCAUCCCAACAGCUGACAGAGUCCCAAAAGAAAAUGCUCAGUGACAAACGAUCAUCACAUCUGAGACCACCCAGUGAUGUGAUCGAGUACAUCCCCAAACAGCGGGUAUGGUACACUGAGGACGGUACCGCAGAAUGGAAACCAGCUAUCAUCGACCAAAAAGAUGACCAUCCAAACUCCUAUUGGCUGGUUAAUGAAAACAACAGAAGGAUAAGAAGGAAUGUACAUGAUAUAAAAACCCGUCAUGUGCCUAUGCCUCAAAGUGAUCCACCCCAGCCCAUUUGGCCUCCUACACCAUCCAUGAUUCCCAAGACCCCUGAUCCCAAUCCCAACACCAAUGUGAACAUUCCACCAGAUGUACAUGGACCAGUGAGAGUGCAAGAGAAACAGCAACCCAGUGCAAAAACUCCAAACAAGCACUCUAUGACCCUAAAGCAACCUGCACCACAGAAGGUCUCCAAGUCAGGAAGAACCAUCAAAAGCACAAAGAAUCCAGACUUUAAAUAUCAAAAUGCUAACUACAUGUGGCAUGCAAACUUUGAGUGA